AAUGUUUUCAAAACCCUCGCUCCCAAACCCCCUCUCUUGUUAAGCCGUUUCGUUUCUUUCAUCUCUGAAUGCCAACCCUAGCUCUGUUUCUCUAGGGUUUGACAGCUACCAGUAACUAUAUACAAAUACAAUUUGUCUCUUAUAUUUUUAUAAAUUGUGCGGAUUGUUGGUAUUGGUCUUAUUUUUGUUGUCACUUCUUUAGUUUCGGACAGUCUGGUAGGCGGACCAGAAGUCAAUUAUUUGAGAUGGUGACUGGGUCGAGAAUCGAAGGGGGGAAUCAGGUACUUACCGAUCGAGUGAGGAAGACGAUCCAAUCGAUAAAGGAGAUAGUGGGCAAUCACUCUGAUGCUGAUAUUUAUAUUGCCCUGAAAGAGGCCAACAUGGACCCAAAUGAGACCACCCAGAAAUUGCUCAACCAAGAUCCAUUCCAUGAAGUAAAGAGGAGAAGGGACAGGAAGAAAGAGAAUGUUGUAUACAAGGAUUCAGUAGAUCGAAAAAUACACUAUGAGAGUGCUGGUCAAGGUACGAGAUUUCGUGCAUUUCCUGAUCGUAAUGUUCGAAGAGGAGUCUAUGCUCGGAAUGCAGUAUCUGGAACCAACAGAGAGUUCCGAGUUGUACGGGACAACAGAGCUAACAGUACAAAUAGAGAAAUAAACUCUUCUUCCCCUCAGUACUCAGCAUCGGAUAACGAGCAAGUGCUUGCAAAUGUUGCGGAAAGAGGUCAAACAGAAACUUCAGGCACUCAAAAAACUUCUGGUGCAGAAAGUUCAUUUUGUGCUUCUAAUGGAACGUCAGAGUUGCAGCCUAGGCAGGCAGAAGAUGCACAAUUAAGCAGCAUUGGUAGGAAUGAAGUAUUGGAGGAAAAGCAGACUGUUAUUUCUAAGACAGUUGCAAGGGUUGAACCUGUAAAGCCCAACAAUUCUGGAGCACAUCCUGCAAAAUCUGUCUCGAACAAUUCUGUCAUUGGUGUUUAUUCCUCCUCUACAGAUCCUGUUCAUGUUCCAUCUCCUGAUUCAAGAUCAUCCUCCACCGUUGGGGCUAUUAAGCGUGAAGUUGGGGUCGUUGGAGGUCGCCGGUUAUCAUUGGAAAAUCCCGUCAAAGAUUCAUCCGUCCAAAGUGGGUCUUUCUCAAAUUCUCUUUUGGGAAGAGAUUCUUCGGAAUCAUUUCAACCUUUCUCUGCAAUUUCUAAGACUGACCAGCUCAGCCAAACUACAGUAACUGAAUCAGUCAUACCCACCAGCUCUGUGAGCAGGUCUUUCUUAAGCAAUCCGUAUGGUAGCAGGAUACAUCAGCAAGUUGGAGGUCAUCAAAAAGCUCAACAGCAUAACAAAGAGUGGAAACCAAAAUCCAAUCAAAAGUCUAGUGUUAAUGGUCCUGGGGUAAUUGGCACACCUAAAAAGUCUGCUUCUCCUCAUGCUGAUACUUGUAAAGAUUCGGAAUCAGAAGCCAGUAAAUUGCAAGAUAAGCUUUCUCGAGUAAACAUCAGUGAAAAUCAGAAUGUCAUCAUUGCGCAGCAUAUUCGUGUCCCUGAGAUUGACCGGUGUAGACUGACUUUUGGCAGCUUUGGUCUAGAGUUUGAUUCCUCAAGGACCUUGGUAUCUGGAUUUCAAGAAGUUGGCAUAACAGUAGAUGCAAAUGGGGAUUCUGCAGCAAGUUUGUCAGUAUCGGCUCCGGCAACUUCAUGUGAUGAUUCUUCAGGCAGUAAGCCUGCAGAUAUUCUAGAUGAUCAAGUUAGAAACGGCGAAUCUGAUUCUCCAUCAUCAGUUUCUGCUCCUGAGCAACAGUUGCCUGAUAAAAAGGAGUCUUCUAAUCCUCAAAGUUUGGAAAACUAUGCAGAUAUUGGCUUGGUUCAAGACAACAGUCCAUCUUAUGCUCCAGCAGAAUCACGACAAUCACAAGAUCCUCCUGAAUUACAAAGUUUUUCGCAGGCAUAUGAUCCCCAGACUGGUUAUGAUAUACCCUAUUUCAGACCCGCUAUGGAUGAAACUGUACGUGGACAAGUACAACCAUCUCCAUCUCAGGAGGCCUUAAGCUCCCAUACAGCCAACGGCACCUCUCCAUCCACAGUUGCCAUGAUCCAGCAACAACCACCAAUGGCCCAGAUGUUUCCCCAAGUUCAUGUGUCCCAUUUUGCUAAUCUCAUGCCAUAUCGUCAAUUCCUCUCCCCAGUUUAUGUCCCACAAAUGGCCAUGCCCGGCUAUUCUGGUAACCCAGCCUAUCCACAUCCAUCGAAUGGCAGCAGUUACGUGCUGAUGCCUGGAGGUAGUUCACAUCUCGGUGCAAAUGGCCUCAAAUAUGGGAUUCAGCAGUUUAAGCCAGUUCCUGCAGGCAGUCCCACUGGGUUUGGAAAUUUUAACAAUCCAACUGGCUAUGCCAUCAAUGCCUCUGGUGUGGUUGGGAGUGCAACUGGGCUUGAAGAUUCAUCUCGAAUCAAGUACAAAGAUGGGAAUCUUUAUGUUCCAAAUCCCCAGGCUGAGACUUCAGAAAUGUGGAUUCAGAACUCAAGGGAGGUUCCAGGAUUGCAAUCUGCCUCAUACUAUAUUCCUGGGCAAACACCUCAUGCUGCUUAUUUGCCAUCCCACACAGGGCAUGCAUCAUUCAAUGCAGCAGCAGCCCAGUCUUCUCACAUGCAAUUCCCAGGACUAUUCCAUCAUCCUCCCCCUCAGCCAGCUGCGAUGGGUAAUCCUCAUCAUUUGGGACCUGCUAUAGGUGGUAAUGUUGGAGUUGGUGUUGGUCCAGCAGCUCCUGGGGCACAAGUGGGUGCAUAUCAGCAGCCUCAGUUGGGUCAUCUGAACUGGACGACAAAUUUCUAGAAGAAAGUGCGAAACUAACCAACCUCCUUUCCAUGUAAUGGAUUGAAGUAGUGAUAGAAAAGGGUUUUAGUUUUAAUUGUGAAAUGGGUAACUCGUAAUCUCAUCUAUUCAAAUGCAUAAAGCGGUAUUCAGUUUUCCAUGCUGUA